AUGGUAAUUAGUCUUGGAAGAGGGAUGUUACCUUGUUUUCUUGGGGACAAUGAGUCGUUCUUUAAUAUAAUCCCAGGAGAUAUGGUGGUGAAUGCUAUAAUAGCCGCGAUGGUGAAUCACUCUAAUAAUAAUAUUUUUUCUGGUGAUAAGGAUCGCUAUAUCUAUCAUAUCAGCAGUUCUACGCACAAAGAGCAGACGAGCAUCAUUAAGCUGUUAAGUUUUGCUUAUGAUUACUUUCGUGAGAAUCCUUGGAUGGAUGGCGACAGUAGUGAAAUUGUUAAGCCUGUUUUCUUUCCCACCAUGACUAGCUUUCGAGAGCACAUCCAUACCAAUUUUGUGGUGCCAAAGAAGGAACAAAAAGUUCAAUUUGCUACCCGAUUGGCUGAAAUUUAUGAACCAUAUUUACUCUUUAAAGGAACCUGCGAUUGUUCAGCGACUGAUGAAUUGAGAAUAUGGACCAAAGCAUACUACGGAACCGGUGAGGCAGAAUUAUUUGAUUUCGACCCAAAACGAAUAGAUUGGAAAGAUUACAUAAAGAAUGUUCAUAUUCCUGGGGUCAUGAAAUAUGUUGUUAAGCCACAUGUAGGAAGAUACAAGAGCAAGUUAUGA